ACUCGCCUUUUUCUAUGGUUUUGUCAAACAAAUAUACUCUUCAACCUCUAAUGUCAACCACUGCUCAUCGCUCGCCAGAGACUAGAAAGCUUCUUUGAAAUCAUGGUCGGGACAAGGUUUUCGAACGUAGCCACGACUGUAAUAAUUGGAUUUUGCUGGGACGAAGACAGUGGCAGCUUGAUUUGGAUCUUGGAUGCGGUUCUCAAGAGAGGUGGACCGAGUUGGAGAACACAGAUUCAAAAGCUCUAAUUUGAUAUUUAUGGGGAUGAGAUGCCAAUUAAAUGGAUUCCAAUUGGCAUUUCAGAUGAUGGCCACCACGCACAUCCAAGAUAAACAAAACCUUCCAAAGGGGUCAAAAAGAUUGUAUGCCAGAAAAAAGGAAGAACUGAGAUUGCAAAACCAGGAUAUUGGCUGCUACAUUCCUACAUAGUUGUUGUAUGAACAAAGUGGAAAAAAAGUCAAAGAGCUAAAUACUAUAUUUUAAAGAUGCCUUCGACUACAACUAUGAAAGUGCAAUUUUUCAAAAGGAGAGUAUGAAACUUAUUGUUCUGUAUGCAUAAUUUGACCCUUUUCAUUCCUAUGCUAGAAAUUGUGUAGAUGCCUGUUGGGAAAAAUAUCAUAGAUUUUGAUGAUGAUGUAUUUAGAAUGUAAUAGGGACUUUAGGUCUCCCCCAAUAUUCAAUGUAAUUUUUCUUUUUAGAAAUAUUGUUAAAACCAAGUUCUUGAGUUUUCCAAUAAGGUUGUGAUAUUUCUUUAAGCGUUUUGAUGCCUGAAGACUUAAUCAAAUUCAGUGAUAUGG